CCGCGCGGUUUUCCCCUUACUGUCUCUCUAUUACAAAAACCCCACACUCUUCACUAAUUCCUCUCACCCAUCGGAGAGAAAAAUGGGGAAGGGAGAAGAAGAAGAAGCUGAAGAAGAGAUCUCUGAAGAGCAGAGAAAGCGGGCCGAAGCCAAUCGUCUUGCCGCCUUAGCGAAGCGCAGAACCCGACUCACUGAACCCAAUCAAGACUCUUGGAAGCAUUUCAAAUGCAGAAAGAUCUCUCAUUUACCCCUCCCCGCCAACUCCACUAAUGUUUCUUUCCGUAAGCCUCAAACCCCCUCUCCCCUCAACCCACCUCCCAUGCCCUGCAUCCCUAGUCCUCCACCACAAAAGUUUCGGGCCAGGCUUGAAAUUUGCUCCCCGGACUCAUUCUCUGUCACUCCCGCGCCCCUGGAAGGAUUUACUUAUCCCGGUGAACAACAAUGUAUGGAAAAACUCAGAGAUUGCCUCUCAUGUGUGGCACUGUCGCAUUGCACUCAAACGACUAGUGGGGGAAAGGCUUGUGUCUAUCAAGUUAGAGACUAUGAAGCAGUUCUCAAGUCUCUAAAGAACUCUAGAAGCAUUGAAUGUGAAGAGAUCCCUUGGGGAACAUUCAAUGUAGUCGAGAGACUUUCUCAUUCAACCGUUGCAGGUCGAUGGAUACCUUGUAGGCCGGAGCAUCUUCCUGAUGAGAAGGUUGAUGAGUUGAUCGGCAAACUUCCUAAAAGAUUGUUGGAUACACUUCAUCCUUUUCAGCUUGAAGGUGUUCGGUUUGGAUUGAGAAGGGGCGGUCGAUGUCUCAUUGCAGAUGAGAUGGGACUAGGGAAAACGAUCCAGGCUAUCACCAUUGCGAGUUCUUUCAUGGAUGAAGGUUCUAUGCUCAUAGUUUGCCCAGCUAUUUUGAGAUAUCCAUGGGCUGAAGAACUGGAGCGCUGGCUUCCUUGUUUACCUUCUGAUAUCCAUCUGGUUUUUGGUCACAAAGACAAUCCUGCACGUUUACCUAAAUGUCCAAGGGUUGUGGUGAUAUCAUAUACGAUGCUUCGUCGUUUGAGGAGGAACAUAUUGGAACAAGAAUGGGCCACCUUGGUUGUGGAUGAAUCACAUAAUUUGCGUUGCACAAAAAAAGCAUGUGAAAAUGACGAGAUAACAACUGUUCUUGAUGUUGCGACAAAGGCCAAGCAUGUAAUUCUAUUAUCUGGGACUCCAUCUUUGUCAAGGCCUUAUGACAUUUUUCAUCAGAUAAAUAUCUUAUGGCCCGGUUUACUUGGAAAGACUAAAUAUGACUUUGCAAAGACUUACUGUUCGGUUAGAUUUGUUCAUGGCUGCCAAGGGAAGGUUUUCCAGGAUUUCUCAAAGGGGGUUCGCUUGGAGGAGUUAAAUGUGUUACUGAAGCAAACUGUAAUGAUACGCCGUUUGAAGGAGCAUGUGCUUUUGCAGUUACCACCCUUGCGGCGCCAAAUUAUAAGUUUGACUUUAAAAAAAUCAGAUAUUUCUCAGGCAGUGGCUACCGUUGACUUGUUGAAAGGCAGAGCUUCUGGGAACUGUGUUGCCAACAAGGCUGAAGGUGUAACCAAUGAUGACUCAUGCGCUAAAGAUGUAGAGAAAGCUUUUGAGGAUUUAAAGUUUGUUACUGAAGAUGUGCAACUGGAAACUCUAAGAGUUGAUGAUGAUACUGGCUCUUGCAGAUCUUUAAGAGAGCUCUAUGACGAAGCGCUUGGCAUUGCAAAAUUGCCAGGAUUCUUCGAGUGGCUCUCCAUACAUCCAAUCAUUACAGAGUUGGAUGGUGAAGAAAGUUGUCAUAAAAUGAUAAUAUUUGCUCAUCACCAUAUAGUUCUUGAUGGUGUACAGGAGUUUCUUUGUCAAAAAAAUAUUGAUUAUAUUCGUGUUGAUGCAAAUGCAUCGUCAAGUGAUAGGCAGUUAGCUAUUCAAUCAUUCCAAUCAGCAAAUGAGGUUAAGAUUGCACUUGUUGGAAUACUCUCUGGUGGCUCUGGACUUAACUUAACAUCAGCGCAACAUGUGGUGUUCUUGGAGUUGCCAACAAAACCAGCUCACAUGCAACAGGCCGAAUGCAGAGCUCAUAGACAAGGGCAAACAAAGGGAGUAAAUGUAUAUAUUUUUAUUGCAAAGGAUACUUCAGAUGAGUCUCGAUGGCAAAAUCUUAAUAAGAGUUUGCGUCAAGUUUCAUCUACAAUGGAUGGGAAGUAUGACGCUCUACAGGCAAUAGAGGUUGCUGAUGUUUCUUACCUUGAGGAAAUGGAUGUCAGAGAAAAGAAGUGUGAGCAUUUAACAACUGAGAAUGCAGGGAAUGGUGAAGUUGCUCGAGCAAAACCAACAGUAACUGAAAGCCAAGGCAUUCAUCUAGAUUCAGAUCCUGUUGAAGCUCAUUGUGAUACAUACCGGGUUGAUGAUAAACAGGAUGGAACUAGUUCAUUCUUAUCGAAAUCAGACCUCCAUUAUACGCCCACUACUUCCACCUUAGGGCAUGAAGGAUCUUCUUGUGGGGCUGAAGUUUCGGAUGAUGACUUUACUUCUUCACAUUGUAUAGAUGUUAAUGAAGCCAGAAAUGAGGACUUCAAUGAGGAGGGAAAAGGUGCAUCCCCCGAACUUGUAACAAGCAGCUCUGUCCAAGUAGAGUCGCUCCGCUUUGAGGUCAGCCAAUAUACAGGAAGGAUUCACCUGUACUCUUGUAUUCCUGGAAUUGAUUCCAGGCCAAAACCACUUUUUAAGAAUUUCAGGCCAGAGGAAGUUCAUCAUAAACUGCCUCCUCUAAUGGAAGCUGAGAAAACAGCUUAUAACAAUAUCAAGGAUGAUAUGAGUUGUCGGUACGCUCUAGUGGAAUUCCUCAAAGAAUGGAGCAAGUUGAGUGCUAUCGAACGACGGAAAUUAAUUGGAAAGGCCUUGCAACUUCCAUUAUCUGUUGAGUUGUCCUAUUUAAAUGAAAACCUUAACCACGAUAAUGGGGGACUGCUGAAAGGUAGAAGUAAGAAGAGGACAACACCUUUGGACGAAAUUAGCUAUCCGUUACCACCAAAUGCUGUCUGGAGGAAGGUCCGUCUUUGUACUGGGAAAGGGAAGCAAGUCUUAUACAUGCAGGGGUGGUCCGACAAGGACGAACCACUCUGCAAGCUUUGUCAAACUCCUUGCAGGAAUAGCAAUGCCAAAACUCCUGACUACUUUGAGGAUCUCUUCUGUAGCUUGAACUGCUGCGAGGAGUAUCACCUUAGAACUAAUAAAUCAUCAAUUCGUAAUGCGCUUUUCCAAAUUGAGCAUGGCAUUUGCACAAACUGCCACCUAGACUGCCACAAACUUGUGGAGCGCAUCAGACCGUUGUCAUUUGAGAGUCGUGAAGAGUAUAUUGCCAAAGUAGCCCCAAAUUUGGCAAAGCGUAAGAAAUUAUUUCAAAAGCUUGUUCAGGACCCUAUUGAUGGCAAUGCAUGGCAUGCGGAUCACAUAAUACCUGUAUAUCAAGGGGGAGGUGAAUGUAGGCUAGAGAACAUGAGGACACUGUGUGUUGCUUGUCAUGCUGAUGUCACUGCUGCUCAACAUACAGAGCGGCGUUUGACCAGACUUGUGGCAAAGAAGAAACUCAAAGCUGUCAUGAGUAACCUCAAAAGUACUAAGAAACCCAAGCAGAAAGUGGAUGAAGCAGAGGGUUCACGGCACUCUGACAUUGAAGAGAACAAGGAUGAAGAUGAACUUCUAGUGAAUGUUCCAGGGAGUUCCUAUUCUAUUAGCACUGAAAGCAAGGAACAAGGAAAUUCAGAAUUGAAGACUAGCACCAGUGAUGAUUUAGGUGAGGCGUCAUAAUGAAUGACGUGCUGCCCGCUGCGCAACUUACCUCAGUCAUGAAGAGAACCAACUGUAAAAUUUUUGGGAUGUAAUUACCCUUAUUCUUCUUGAAGAAAUAAGGAAAUGUGAGUGGGUUUCUGGAUAUUUAGGCGAUCUAGUAUAUUAUAAGACUUGAAGAAGCAAAUGAAUUGCACUAUCAUAACCCUUGUCAUACCGGUUCUUGAUCGAGAUACCUGUAUCUAUGAAUUUGAUCUUAUA